AUGAUUAGGACCCGGAUACGCCCCCGACCGCCCUCGCCGGCGUCCCUUCCGGCGUGGGCGAAGUGCUCCUCAUCUUCAGCUCCUCCUCGGCAGCUGAGUAGAGCAGCCUCCCUCUCACCUCCCCGCCCGGAGGCAAGCACGCCCAUGGAACUCAGUCCAAACCUCAGAUGCGACUUCCCACGCCCGCGCUCUAAACUCUUGCCUCCUACGCCGCGCCUAGAGAACCGCCUAAAGUCGAUCGCUAGGAAUGAAUCGCCAAGAGUGAACCGCCAGGAGCGAACCGCCAAGAGUGAUCCGCCAGAAGCGAACUGCCGGGAGCGAACCGCCAAGAGCGACCCGCCAAGAACGAACCGCCAAGAACGAACCGCCAAGAACGAACCGCCAGGAGCGAAUCGCCAGGAGCGAACCGCCAGGAGCGAUCCGCCAGGAGCGAACCGCCAGGAACGGACCGCCAGGAGCGAACCGCCAGGAACGAACCGCCAGGAGCGAACCGCCAGGAACGAACCGCCAGGAGCGAACUGCCAAGAGCGAACCGCCAGGAACGGACCACCAGGAGCGAACUGCCAAGAGCGAACCGCCAGGAACGGACCGCCAGGAGCGAACCGCCAGGAACGAACCGCCAGGAGCGAACCGCCAGGAACGAACCGCCAGGAGCGAACUGCCAAGAGCGAACCGCCAGGAACGGACCGCCAGGAGCGAACCGCCAGGAACGAACCGCCAGGAGCGAACCGCCAGGAACGAACCGCCAGGAGCGAACUGCCAAGAGCGAACCGCCAGGAACGGACCGCCAGGAGCGAACCGCCAGGAACGAACCGCCAGGAGCGAACCGCCAGGAACGAACCGCCAGAAGCGAACUGCCAAGAGCGAACCGCCGCCAGGAACGGACCGCCAGGAGCGAACCGCCAGGAACGAACCGCCAGGAGCGAACCGCCAGGAACGAACCGCCAGGAGCGAACUGCCAAGAGCGAACCGCCAGGAACGGACCGCCAGGAGCGAACCGCCAGGAACGAACCGCCAGGAGCGAACCGCCAGGAACGAACCGCCAGGAGCGAACUGCCAAGAGCGAACCGCCAGGAACGGACCGCCAGGAGCGAACCGCCAGGAACGAACCGCCAGGAGCGAACCGCCAGGAACGAACCGCCAGGAGCGAACUGCCAAGAGCGAACCGCCGCCAGGAACGGACCGCCAGGAGCGAACCGCCAGGAACGAACCGCCAGGAGCGAACCGCCAGGAACGAACCGCCAGGAGCGAACUGCCAAGAGCGAACCGCCAGGAACGGACCGCCAGGAGCGAACCGCCAGGAACGAACCGCCAGGAGCGAACCGCCAGGAACGAACCGCCAGGAGCGAACCGCCAGGAACGAACCGCCAGGAGCGAACUGCCAAGAGCGAACCGCCGCCAGGAACGGACCGCCAGGAGCGAACCGCCAGGAACGAACCGCCAGGAGCGAACCGCCAGGAACGAACCGCCAGGAGCGAACUGCCAAGAGCGAACCGCCAGGAACGGACCGCCAGGAGCGAACCGCCAGGAACGAACCGCCAGGAGCGAACCGCCAGGAACGAACCGCCAGGAGCGAACUGCCAAGAGCGAACCGCCAGGAACGGACCGCCAGGAGCGAACCGCCAGGAACGAACCGCCAGGAGCGAACCGCCAGGAACGAACCGCCAGGAGCGAACUGCCAAGAGCGAACCGCCGCCAGGAACGGACCGCCAGGAGCGAACCGCCAGGAACGAACCGCCAGGAGCGAACCGCCAGGAACGAACCGCCAGGAGCGAACUGCCAAGAGCGAACCGCCAGGAACGGACCGCCAGGAGCGAACCGCCAGGAACGAACCGCCAGGAGCGAACCGCCAGGAACGAACCGCCAGGAGCGAACCGCCAGGAACGAACCGCCAGGAGCGAACUGCCAAGAGCGAACCGCCAGGAACGGACCGCCAGGAGCGAACCGCCAGGAACGAACCGCCAGGAGCGAACCGCCAGGAACGAACCGCCAGGAGCGAACCGCCAGGAACGAACCGCCAGGAGCGAACUGCCAAGAGCGAACCGCCAGGAACGGACCGCCAGGAGCGAACCGCCAGGAACGAACCGCCAGGAGCGAACUGCCAAGAGCGAACCGCCAGGAACGGACCGCCAGCUCAUCCCGCCGUCGCUUCGUCGGACAAGCCGUGGCAACCGUAUGUUUCAUUUCCGAGAGCUUGGAACAUGUUGUCGAAAGAAGCCUCAUGUGGGCGUACUUGGAGGCGUGGGCUUAUAA